AUGAUCUCGGAGGAAAGAAGCAGUCUCGUCUCUAAACAAGCUCUGGGCUUUCCUGUGGGCUUCUUGAUCCGCUCGCCCAAGAGACGCCUGGCAGUGCUGGGCAGAAAGAGCAGCAGUGGAUCUCUGCAGUACUGCUUGGAAAAGGAAGACUCCAGUGCGUAUGUGCUCUGUGAUGUGAUUGGCCAAACUGGAUUGGACCAUGAAUGGAAGACCGAGUGCUGUCGGGUUGUCGGUGACCACGAGAAGCCCCUCAUGUUGCAGUCGCUCUGGAAACCCAAGGAUGGAUUCUCCAGGCGUUUCGAGAUCCAGAAAAGAGCAAACGUGGAGGCGCAAAGUGCCAAGAAUACAGAUACCAUCACUGCAGGCCUCAAUGCCCAAGCCCGAAAGCUGCAGCAUGCUCGUGCGCGGGUCACCUCUCUGUUUGUGGAUGGGACGAAUGAGGGGCUGGAUGCUCUGGGUAUCUGGAGGAGCUUGAGCGACAUGGACAUCUCCACUAUGGGAAAAGAAGCCAGUGAGACCCAUAAUGCACCUCUACAGGAGGAUCCAGAGGCAGAGGCUGAUAAAGAGGCUCACCUCCUCAACGCAGAGAAAGAGGAGACGGAAAGCAGCGAUGACAACAACACGCAGUACUCCAUCCACCUGCCCUUUGAUUUCCCAUAUUUCCUUCUGCUGCAAGGAUACAACCACAGACAGGACUUUCUGAUCUAUCUGAUGAGUGGGAACAGUUGUAUAUUUGGCUCCUCCAUUGAAUCCUCCACUGGUCACAAUGAAGAGACCCUAAAAGUGGACGUCCUACUCUUUGCCCCUGACAUCCUACCUCAGCACUGCUGCGUACAGCGUCUAGACACCACCAGUGACCAAACCACGGGAAGUAGCAAGAUGAAAACCAUGCUCAGACCCCUCCACAGCGCACUUGUUAUGCACAACGGCGUCCCCCUUGAUGACGAGGUUGAGUUGUGUCCAGGGGACCUGGUGGGGCUCGGGCAGCACUAUCUCUUUAUGUUCAAGGACCCUACGACCUCAGGAGCCUUCCAGACCCCAUCCUGGAUGGCCACUCUGUGUCCUCCAGCCACAGCAUCACCCUGUAAACUGUGUGGAACAUCCGUCAGGAGGAGGAGGACUCAAAAAAUGGCCGCCCGCUGGAGGGACUUGGAGGGCAAGGUGCUCUCGUUGUCCUAUCAGGUGCAGCAUGAAGAUCAAGUCUUGGAGAAGAUUCUCAGUAGGGUGGACCCAGGAGGGGAAGAACCCAAGCUUACUCCAGCCUUUCUGCUGUGUUUGUGCAUUCAGCACUCCGCCACCAACUUUGAGUUGGUUGACCUCCGGAAAUUGCUGCUCUCCAUUGCUAAUCAAGUCCAGCUCACCAUGUGGGAAAGAACAAAAGAACUCGCAGCUCUGCAGCCAGACAUAAGCACUGGUGAUACGUCAGCAGAGCAGCAUGUGUUGAACAUCAAGGAUCUGAUCCCAGGCCUACAGCCGCUGGUGCUGUGGAUGUCCAACUCCAUUGAGCUGCUGCACUUCAUCCAACAUGAGGUCCCCCUGCUCUUAACAUGGAGACAGCAGGACAGACAGGAAAUGGACAAAGAAUCAAUGGAUUGUCAGAUCCAGUCCACACGUGCUGCCAGUGAGGAGGCCAUGACAGUCCUAGAGGAAGUCAUCAUGUUCACCUUCCAGCAGUGUGUCUACUAUCUCACUAAAAGUAUGUAUGCCAUGUUACCGGGGCUGCUGGAUAGUAACCCUUUCUCUGAGAGCAGUCAGCUGUGCAUGCCUGCGGGGGUCAUUCAAAUCCUGGACGUCCUGAAGGAGGCACUGCACCUGCUCAACACUUUCCAGGUGCACAGCGAGAUCACAUCUCAACUGCUGACCUACCUGUUCUUCUUCACCAACGCCUCGCUCUUCAACAGGCUCAUGGAGAGAGGGUCUGGAGGUGGCUUCUACCAGUGGUCUAGAGGAGUGCAGAUCCGGGCCAACCUGGAUUUGCUGAUGGACUGGAUUCAGAGCAUUGGCACGGGAGAUUUGGCUGCUGACUUCUUUCAGAGACUCUCUUCAGCUGUCAACCUGCUCGCAACUCCCAAGGAGACCCUACUGCAGGCAUCAUGGUGCACUCUGAGAGCUGAGUUUGUUCAUCUGAACCCUGCACAGCUGCAUCACAUGCUGAGAGAGUACAACACGGCUCGGAUGUGCCCUCCGUGCUGGACGCCAUCUCCAGAGGAUGCAGCAGCUGCCCUCAAUACCUCUAAUAUCCUGGAAAGGUUCGACAACCAUCCUCCUCUAAUCCUGCCCAGCAGCAUUUUUAAUCUGGAGCUGGGAAAUCCCAUCACAGAGCCAGGGCUGUUCACUCCUCUCCGGCAUCUGCAGGAGUUUAUCCAGUCUCUCCCAGACAGCCAGACACAGUCUGACCAUCAGCCCUCACAGGGCUCCUGCAGUAACUUGACUGAAGAGACAGCAUCUGAACCAAUCACCUGCCAGGACUCAGAGGAGAAGAAUCAGCACCAUGUCAGCUUGACACCUCCUCAGUUCCGGGGGUCUCACAGUAACCUGAGCUCGUGUGAGGCCGUCCUGACCCAGAAACUCAAGAGCCUGGAGCUCCAAAACAGCCUGCCGGGGAAUACAGACCUGGGCUACCACAAGAGUCUGGCCCUCGACCCCUCCUGCCUGCUGACUCCUCCCAACACCCCUCAGAGUCUUGAGCAAGCCGAGCUUGAAGCCAGCCUGCUGGAGGGGGCAGUGCAGCAGACGGCACGCCAGCACAGGAAAGGUAAAAUCACUGCACUAUGCAGAUGCUAA